GCACAUUUUUGUAUCAGUUUUUUUUUUUUUUUAAUUCUUUCAUAACCCUAUUGAGCGAUUUCUUUUUUUUUCUUUUUCUUUUUUUAAACUAAAUCAACAUGGCUCGAAUGAACCGCCCUGCUCCUGUGGAAGUCACAUACAAGAACAUGAGAUUCCUUAUUACACACAAUCCAACCAAUGCAACCUUAAACAAAUUUAUAGAGGAACUUAAGAAAUAUGGAGUUACCACAAUAGUAAGAGUAUGUGAAGCAACUUACGACACUACUCUUGUGGAGAAAGAAGGCAUUCGUGUUUUUGAUUGGCCUUUUGAUGAUGGUGCACCACCAUCCAACCAAAUUGUUGAUGACUGGUUGAGUCUCGUGAAGAUCAAGUUCCGUGAAGAACCUGGUUGUUGCAUUGCUGUCCAUUGUGUUGCAGGCCUUGGGAGAGCUCCAGUGCUGGUUGCCCUAGCAUUAAUUGAAGGUGGAAUGAAAUAUGAAGAUGCAGUGCAGUUCAUAAGACAAAAGCGUCGUGGAGCUUUUAACAGCAAGCAACUUUUGUACCUGGAGAAGUACCGUCCUAAAAUGCGGCUGCGCUUCAAGGAUUCCAAUGGUCAUAGAAACAACUGUUGUAUUCAAUAAACUGGGGUGCCUGACGCCAUUGCCUUGGAAGUGGAACUUCGGAUGGGACCCAGUUUGUCAUACAUAAUUAGCCAACAUGUUGGCUUGAAUAAGUCUAAUGAAGCUUCCACAGGAGUAUUGAACCAGUGUUACCAGGCCGUGCAAGCUUGACAGGAUUGCAACCUCUGUGUUUGGGUUACGAUUGGCCUGUUUGGACACUUAGCAAAAGAUUUUUGCUGGUCAGCAAUUAAAAUGUGCUUAUUAUUUGUACCAAUUGACCGUUCCCAAAAUUCUAUGGUAUCGAGUUAUGUCUUUAAAUGUAUUCCUGUGCCAGAAUCUUAUCAAUAAAUAAGGGAUUUAGAACAAUUAGGUGCCAAAAUACCCAGCACAAAACUUACAUAUUUUUAGUAUCAUGUAAAACCAAAAUCCCAGGACCUAAGAACACUCUAGACCUUCCAUGGUUUAUUCCUUCAGUCAUUUCAAACACUGUAAGGCCUCUCUGGUUAUUCGCCUGUUUGCUCUGUUUACAUCUCCCACACUCAUACCAGGUUUGCUUAGCCAUGGAAUUUUUUUUAACCAGGUCUUAUGGUGAUUAUUUAAUGUCUUUCUAUGUCUUAUGUGCUGUUAUGGGAAACCUCCAUUUUUUAAAAUCUACACUGUUACAGAAGCACAUAUCUUUAAUAAUGUCUCCAGACAGAAAGCCUUAUAGUUUAAUUUAAUGUUUGCACUCAGAGGUGCAGCUUAACAGGGAGGGCCUGAGAAACAAAUGGGAGGGGCUAUUAAAUAUUUUUAGUAAAAUGUUGCCUUUGUCUUGUGCAGAACAUGUAGAAUAUGCUCUUUAAUUUAGCAAAUAUUUUUAAAAGGUAGAGAUGCAUCAUUGUAGCUAAACAAUUCUUAAUCAAAAUUUCUAAAAUUCUUGUAAAUUUUUUUCUGUACCUAUGGGAAAUUGUUUUGCAACUUAUUGUUUGAAUUCUGGUUUUUCUCCCUUCUCUCCCUAACCUCUCUUGCAAAAAAAGUGGGUCCUGCUAAUGAACUGAGCAGACAUCUAAUAUUUUAUAUGCCUUUUGAGCUAUGUAACUUAAUAAUUGGAUACUUGAUAAUUUGUUUUAUUAUGUAAUCAAUAAAAUGGUGAUGUGUAUUAAUGUUAGUUCAACCAUAUAUUUAUACUGUCUGGGAAUGUGUGGUUAUAGUUCUGUGGGAGAAAUAAUUUGUCAGUGUUCACCAGCUUGUAAAAACUUAGUUCGAGAGCUUAAACAUCUAAAUAAAUAAUGAAAUGCAUUUAUCGUCACAGAGGUUGUUUUGCUUAAAGUUAACUUAUUUUGUAGAAAGCAAUGAAUUGCACUUAAUACCAUUUUAGUUAAGGUUAUGAGUACGGUUUAAUAAGCGCUUUUCAUUCUAAAUUUUCCUUUUAAAAGGUCUAGAUGAUUUUGAACCAAUUGAAUGUUGUGCACUGAGGAAAAAGCUUAUAAUAGUAAACUUUGAUUUUUUUAGAAUUCCUUUCCAUUAUUAGCAGUUUUGUGCAUCUUCAAGUUUCUCAUUGUCAAUUACAUAUAUUUUGAAACUUUUGAACCUGAGUAUUUGGCACAUCAAGGCUUGAUAAAUUUUGUUUCAGUAAUAUGAAAUGCUUCAUUUUAAUAGUUGAUGUUCACUUUAAGUGGACAGGUGUCUAAUUUUUUAAAUAAUAGUUAUAAAUGUAAAACACUCAAUUGAAAAAGUGAUACUCUAUCUUAUGGUUUAAAGAAUUUGUUUAUUUCCUCAACCCAGCUUAGCACUUAAAUACUGACCAUAGUUCUUUAAACCAGAGGCCAUUGGUAUUUGGGAUAAUUUAACUUGAGCUUUUAUUGUGCUUUAAAACAUCAGUUUACUCUUAGAAGGUAGUCUUGAGUAAUUGGUUAUUAUUGAUAUACUAUUACCACACAGCCCAUAAAGCAACAUUCAUGCUUAUGAAGAGAAAAGGUGCCAUGUUGAUUGCUGAAAAAAAUAUCUAAGUUUGAAAAGUUGGAUUAAUUUGCUGUGUUUGUAUAUAUGGUGCUAAAAAUUACUUUGCUUUAUAAACUUAUCUGUACAGUGUACAUGAUGAGAUUUGCUUUUUAUCCAGAUAUUUUGUAUCUGUAAAUGCAGGAAUACCUGUGAUGAUAUCCCCCCAAAAUUUCCUUGUGUGAUAAGAAUUUAAAGAAUUAGGAGCUGAGCUCAUCAAUGCAGGAACAUGUCUGAUGGUGUUACAAAAUUUGGUUACUUAGGGGACUGAGGGUGUAGUUCAGUGGAUAGUGCUUGCCUAGCAUCCAGGAAGCCCUGUGUUUGAUUCCCAGCACCAUAUAAACUAGGCAUAGUGGUGCAGGGGAUCAAAAAGUCAAGGUCAUCCUUAGCUACAUAGUUUGAGGCCAAACUGGGCUACAUGAAACCCUGUUUCUAAAUAAAUACAUAGAAUUUGCUUUCUUGGGCUUUGAUACCUCCAGUGGAUAAUGUAAAUAGUGACUAGCUACCCUGGCUUCUCUAUAGGAACUGUGAUGUUACUGACACAAGUAAUGUGAUUACUGAAUCAUGAGAAAAUCAGUCUCCCGGUGAACAGGAAAACCCUAGAAAUAGGUGCCAUUGGUCAUUUUGCAAUGCUGUACAACCAUUUAUCAUUGCUCCUAGUUCCCAUUGAGCAGUGCUCGCUUAUCCACACUUAACACAGCUCCAUUAUCUAGAAGCAGUCUGCCCAGGCAUGUGAUCACAUCUGGAUAUGUCCUAAGUGAUACACUGUGGUUCCCUCCAUUAGCUAUAGAAUCCCAGUCUCAAGGGAUCUAAAUGUUAAUUGUAUUCUGACAAAUACCUAACUGUGCCAGGCAUGUAGAGUACUGCAAAUAAGUACUCCUUGCCGUAAGAAUGCUUUGUAUUGAAGUUUCAGGAAAUGUAAUUUGGUGAGAAUGCUUCAAAUGGAAGUGUCUUUUUUAAUUUGUAAACGCAAGUUUAAAAAAUACAUGAAGUAGUGUCAGCUGUAAUGUUUAUACUACUACACAUUGAUUCCCUGAAUUAAUGUUUGUGUGUAUGUGCCUCCUUAAACCUGAAUUGAAAAUUAAAGACUGGUUUAAAAGUGUCUGA